CCAUCAUUGCCCCCAUAACACAAUAACAUUUAUUAAAUCACGCAGAUAUACCAUAAUCCAUAUAGUAAUGAACACUAUAGGAAACUAAAAUGUCGAGUGAACUGGUAGAUGAAACUCAGAUUCCUGAAGAACAAUUGAGAGAAUUUAAAGAGGCCUUUAGUCUGUUUGACAAGGAUGGUGAUGGAACAAUUUCGUCCGCAGAACUCGGUGUUGUAAUGAGAUCAUUAGGUCAAAAUCCGAGUGACCAGGAAUUACAAGACCUAAUCAAUGAGGUAGAUAUUGAUGGCAAUGGAAUUAUAGAUUUUCAAGAGUUUUUGACCAUGAUGGCUAAAAAAAUGAAGGAUACCGACACAGAAGAAGAAAUUCGGGAAGCUUUCAGAGUUUUCGAUAAAGAUGGAAGUGGUUCAAUAUCAGCAAAUGACCUUCGACAUAUUAUGACUAAUCUUGGCGACAAACUCCCUGAUGAGGAAGUGGAUGAGAUGAUACAAGAAGCUGACUUAGACGGUGAUGGUCAAAUUGAUUAUAUUGAGUUCGUGAAGAUGAUGUAUUUAAGUGCUUUGUAUCAAGAUAUUAGAGUGAAGGUAGGCUUGAUUGCUAUCCCAGUAGAAGAGGAGGAUCUCUCAGAGGAUCAAAUUGCAGAAUUUAAAGAAGCAUUUAGUUUGUUCGACAAAGACGGAGAUGGAACGAUUACUACAAAGGAGUUAGGAACAGUUAUGCGAUCUCUAGGACAAAACCCAACAGAAUCUGAAUUACAAGAUAUGAUAAAUGAGGUUGAUAUAGAUGGAAAUGGACAAAUUGAUUUCGAAGAAUUUUUACAAAUGAUGGCGAAGAAAAUGAAAGAUACGGACACAGAGGAGGAAAUGAAAGAGGCGUUCAAAGUAUUUGACAGAGACAAUAUUGGGUUUAUAAGUGCACAAGAACUAAGACUGGUAAUGGCAAACUUAGGAGAAAAAUUGACGGAUGAGGAAGUAGAAGAAAUGAUAAAAGAGGCCGACAUGAAUGGAGAUGGACAAGUAGAUUAUUCAGAAUUUGUAGUUAUGAUGACUAAGCGGUAGUAUUGACCAAUCAACUGGAAUUCAACGCAAAAAAGAAACUGAUCAUCAAAUUAAUGUGGCAAUGUUUGUCUAUAGAUUGCUUUUUAUCAACUACUCAAUUGUUUCAUUGUUAAAAGGUUUAUGAAUAGUUUAUUGGGACUGUACUUGUAUAGAUAUGCAAAAUCUUACAAUAUUGAUUAAUGAAAAUGUUUAUGAUUUUCAUGACAUUUUCAUUGAUAACAAUAAAUGUAGUGUACUGCUGA